AUGACACCGAAGAACUUACUGUCAGCCACAUCUCGCGUUCUGGAAUUAUGUCAGACACCUUUUAAUGCGCAGAUCAACUUUAUUACAGCGAAUCGCGUCGUGGCGGUCCUUGAGAAGGCAGUGCAACGGCUGCAGCUACUAGCUCUAUUGGAUGAGAGCGCACCGGGUGGCGACGUCCCGAUCAACAAGCACGAAGCCGAUUCACUCAGUGGCGUUGGCGCUGAUCAAGAAACAGCGGUGCCAAAUGGGACUUCCAAGAUUUCGAUCUAUUCACAUAGCGGCGGUGUCGAAAGUAUGACUGCGCUGCGUGGGGCGGCGCUUUUCACACGGAGUGGCCAGCAGAUCGAUGGUGCCGCUGCGAUGCACUCGACAUAUUCUGCGGUGUCCGCCGCACUUGCUGAGUCAGCUAAGGACACCUACCGCGGUCGCCCAACCGUUGCUGAGCUUCUGAAGGAGCAACAGCAGCUUGAGGUACGCUAUGAGGGAUUUCUUCGUGCCUCUCGGCUCAUGACUCCAUCUACUGAGGCUAGCCUGAGAACAAAGCAGAUAUUUGGUCGCACAGGUGAAUUCGAACGAGAUGAACUACAGCAUGAGCUCAUGCGUGUUUCGGCAAAGCUGCGCGAGCAUCGCCGAGUCCUUUGUACUCAACUCAAGGACAACCCCAACGACGUCGAUAACUGGCGUAAGAUCUCCAAUGAACGAGAGGAACUGAUCACGCUGUUGAAGGACACAAUCACAGAGCUUACGACUGGGUACCAAGAAUCAACGCGCUAUUCUUCUCAACGCGGGGGCAUUCAUCAAACAGGGUUAGGGAUGGGUACUUUUUCCAAUUCAUGUCAGCAGUUGCCAAGUUUAUGUCGAUCUAUGAGUGGGACCUCGAUGCGUUCGUUCGGAAACAUUCAAGGGGCGCUUAAAGAUGACCUUUCAGAAGCACCUCCUUCCCGUCUUUCACAUACAAACACGCUGCACUCAACACUCUCCAAACGCUUCGGAAGCACAAUGCAGAUGCGGCGUGCUGUGAAAAAUGUUCCCAAUCAGCCCCGUAUCCCACUCACCUCGUCCUUUCUAGGCUUCACACAAAAGGUACUCCAGGAACAGGCUGCGCAGCGCUGGGCUGAUGCGCUAGUUCGCAAGCAAAAGGAGCUUAACCAAAAUGUGAAACAGCUACAGCAGAACAUGGCACAAGAGCGUAGUCUCAAGGAGUGUGAGCUGACUGAACGGCGCGCUAAGAUAUCAGAGCUGCGUCUCGAGCUGCGUGAGAAGAAGCGUGCUCUAGAGGAACGCACGUUAGAGGCAAAGGCAGCAAUGGAGGCUGCUACAGAGGGCCAAAAACGCAGAGCAGAGGAGGAGCAGCGAGGGGUGACUAAGAAUAUGAAAACCAACCAAAAACUCCUCCAAGUGGAAAGUGACACACAUAAAAUGUACGUUGAGUUUCUUCACAACCGAAUCCAAGAACUGGAUGCGAUGGGUGUGGAUUGGAGUCGCAAGAAUCAAACCAAACUCAAGUGGGUAGAGGAACUGAAGCUCGACGCGGAGCAAACGCGCCAGCAGUGCUCGGAGCGACUACGCGACUGCGAGGCAGAAAUGGAAGUGCAACUCACCCUUCAGACACAGCGCGAGGAGAAGCACCAGAAAGAAGUAGCAGCUACUGUCGCGGAAGAGCAGAAACGAGGCGCAGCGUACGAGGCAGCGUCCAAGCUUCAAUCAGCCAUUCGCGCCAUGUUUACGCGACUAGCAUUGAAAAAGCUGAAGAAGGGCGGAAAGAAAAAAAAGAAAAAAAACUAG